UAAAAAAGCAGUGGGACCAGCUGGACUAACCUAUGAACCAAGAGGCCACGGUUCAAUUCCAGGAUUAAUUGGAAUACCUCAAAAUGUCAGGUGUAGUCCCCACAGCCCCUAAGCAACCUACAGAUGAAAUGGGAAAUCAAUUAAAGUCACCUGAUCCAAGACCUGAUGCCCCUCCAGACUAUAAUUCCCAUUUUGUACCAGGACCCCCUGGAGCAUCUGUUCUUCCACCUGCAGGCUACCCAAGGGACGUGCCUAUGGGAUAUUAUAAUCCACAGCAGCCCAGUGCCUUCCCGUACUGCCAGCCAACUGGUGGUACCCAUCCUAUCCAGUACCAGCCUGGCAACUAUCCAGUGCCAAGUCAGUCUGCUCCAAUAACAUGGAUGCCAGGGCCAACUCUUAUGCCAGACUGCCCUCCUGGUCUGGAAUACUUAACCCAGGAAUAUUUUGAGUUAAAAGAAAAAGAAACAAAGCAGUUGGACAACAUACAUGUUCUUCAGCAUUUUGAACCUCUGGAAAUGAUAACACGUUUUGAAACUAAUAAUAAAUAUGAUAUUAAAAACAACCUGGACCAGAUGGUGUACAUUGUAACCGAAGACACAGACGACUUUACCAGGAAUGCUUACCGGACACUAAGGCCCUUUGUCCUCCGGGUCACUGACUUUAUGGGCCGAGAAAUCAUGACAAUGCAGAGACCCUUCAGAUGCACCUGCUGUUGCUUCUGUUGUCCCGCCACAAGGCAAGAGCUAGAGGUGCAGUGUCCUCCUGGCAUCACCAUUGGCUUUGUUAUGGAUCACUGGAACCUGUGCCGGGCGGUGUACAGCAUCCAAAAUGAGAAGAAAGAAAAUGUGCUGAGCAUUCGUGGGCCAUGCUCAACCUAUGGCUGUGGCUCAGAUUCUGUGUUUGAGGUAAAAGCCAUCGAUGGUGUCUCUAACAUCGGCAGUAUUAUUAGAAAGUGGAAUGGUUUAAUGUCAGCCAUGGGCAAUGCUGACCACUUUGACAUUCACUUCCCAUUAGACCUGGAUGUGAAGAUGAAAGCUAUGAUUUUUGGAGCUUGCUUCCUCAUUGACUUCAUGUAUUUUGAAAGAUCACCACAACAUUCAUCAAGAUAGAUGGACAAAGAAAAUCAGCAGUUAAUGGUUUUUUAAAAGUUAGAAAAGUUGGAUUGGGCUUACAGUCAACCCUCAAUUAUUUGCAAAUAUAUUUACCUGCUUUUGCA